AUCUCCAUCGUCUCCUCACUCCUCUCUCUCACAUCACUUCUCCAGCGUCCAUUCUCGCGCCAAAUACAAAUCUCAUCACAUCGUAACAUUCAGGGUUCCGGCGACCAUGGCCGAUACCCCCGCGAGUCCCGCCGGCGGUGGCAGCCACGAGAGCGGCGACCACAGCCCCCGCUCUAAUUUCCGCGAGCAGGACCGUUUUCUCCCCAUCGCCAACAUUAGCCGCAUCAUGAAGAAAGCGCUACCUCCUAACGGAAAGAUCGCUAAGGACGCAAAAGAAACCGUUCAGGAAUGCGUCUCUGAGUUCAUCAGCUUCAUCACCAGCGAGGCGAGCGACAAGUGCCAGAGAGAGAAGAGGAAGACUAUUAACGGCGACGAUUUGCUUUGGGCUAUGGCCACUCUCGGUUUCGAAGAUUACAUCGAUCCCUUAAAGAUUUACCUCGGCGCUUACAGAGAAAUUGAGGGUGAUUCCAAGGGUUCGGCCAAGGGUGGAGAUGCAUCUGCUAAGAAGGAUGUUUAUCCGAGUCCUAAUUCCCAGCUUGUUCAUCAAGGUUCUUACUCACAAGGCGUUAAUUACUCGAAUUCUCAGCCCCAGGCACAACAUAUGAUGGUUCCCAUGCAAGGCCCAGAGUAGACAUGGACCCUUCUUCCGUGUAUGACGUGUGAUUUAAAUGCCGUAAAGCUUUAGUAUUUGCCCUUGGCAUAUUGAAAGCAUUUUAUGAUUUGUGAAUACUGACUUUAGGAGAUGUUGGUUCCUGACCAGAUAUUAUUUAUUAAGGCUUGCAUAUCAUAUUAUCUUUGGAGAAGAAUCAUUAUUCAUAAGUUGUAAAUCCCGGAACCAUGCUUGUCUGAUUCCAUCAGUUGUCUUGGCAAAGACUAAAGAUUUUAUGUAACUGAUUGGAAGCAUAAAUUGGUAUAGUUCUUUACCUUCUUUUCUGUAGCACAUUGGACGACGGUGCUGCCAAAUUUAAAAUCCUUUUGUUGUUGACG